CCUUGUACCCACUUUUUUUUCCCUGAAGCCUGUGCAGGGGACUGCAGCCAUGGCUGGACUGAAUGCUUCUCUGGGCUACUUCCUGGCGUGUGUGACCUUUGCCGCUUCAGUGAGAGCGCUUCUGAAAUCAUGCUCACGCUUGAGCUUCAUUCUCGAGUUUGCUUCCUCUUUUAUGCUGGUGGCCUGCUGCCUGGAGGUGCAGACCAUUGUGGAGGUGGGCGAGUGGGCCGGGGGACUGGGUCCUGAUGUGACUGUCACCAUUCUCUUUGUGGUGCUUUUGACUCAUGGGGUGAUUUGCAGCAGCGCAGCAGGGAAUCCCAACGUGAGUUUGAUGAGGUAUCUGCAGAUGGAGACCAACACCUUGCCCACACUCCUAGCUGUGGCCUCUCAGUUUGCUGGAGCCCACGCCGCCCUCAUGGCAGCCGGUUACUACUGGAGCCUGGAGCUGACUGACAUGCACAUGAUCAAAAACCUGAUGGCAAGAGAGUGCAGUUCUUCCCUGCUGGUGUCUCUGGUCCAGGGAUUUUUCACUGAGUGUGUCUGUGCACUGGUCUUUCACAUGAUCCACCUCAACCUGAGGCACAGAUCAGUCUUCAUCCGGAUUCCCCUCAUCGCCGUUCUCCUGACUUUCUUGUCACAUACUGCCCGUGGAUAUACUUCAGGUUUCGUCAAUCCUGGGUUGGCGUAUGGCGUCACCUUCCACUGUUCAGGAUUCACAUUUGCGGAGUAUGCUCUUGUCUACUGGCUGGGGUCCUUCAUUGGUAUGACGGUAGCUCUGCUCCUCUACAUGGGACACAUUCCCAGGAUUUUUGCCAAAAAUCUCCUAUAUGUUCAGAAGACACGGUUCAAAGUGCCCAGAGGAGACAAGAAGAAAUCAUCAUGAACAUUUUUGAUAACAAA